GCUGAAGGCGCCGACGUGGACGCGCCAAGAGCUGCAGGAGGCGAUAGAGGCGGUGGUCACGCAAAAGAUGCGCUUCACCCAAGCGUCGAGCAAGUACGGGAUACCAAAGGGCACCCUCUACGACAACAUACUCGGCAAGUCGAAGCGGAUGAUGGUACUGGAGGAGGCGGGCCUCGACGGCCCCGAGGAGACGGCGGUGCUCGAGUUCUGCUGCGACAUAAGCGUUAGCCCGUACAAUCGGCGCACCAAGAAAUCACUGGCCUCGAUACUCGGCUUCGUCGAGAAGCUCCGGCGAAAGCGCGACCCCGGCUUCGCGUUCGCCGGACUCGCGGGCUUUCGCUGGUGGUGGGCCUUUUGCAAGAAACACGGCAUCGUCUCGCUAUACUUUAACGAUGAGAACGACAACGAGUGACCAUUGCCUAGUUUUAACCCAAACCCCGGACUAUACGCGCCUUUCACUCAUUUGUUAUAAAUUUACAUUUAAAUUUACAUUUUAAUUGUUGUUUUACAUACACCACAUUCCCAUUUUUUUGGCACUACAAUGCCCGUAUCGUUGAGAGCAUCGAGACUGAUUUUGUUCCAGAUUCAUCCUACAAAUGAUAUAACCAUGUAUUUUUUGUUGAUUCGUCGAAAAUCAACGGCACUGCGGAGAGGAGAUCGGUGAAAUUAGCCACGUUGAGGGCGGUUAGGAGGGGGAGAGGGGGUGUCCCCGGUGGAUGGUAAUGUCGUAAUGAAAGUGUAUGGAACUCGCCGAGUUUCGCAUUCCGCGUCGUUACCCAUUUUAAUGAGAUUAUCGUACACAUGUACAUGCGGAUUGUACAUCUCGCCGUUCGAAUAAUUUUAUAUUUAAUGUAGCAGCCCGUAGCACAUAUUAGCCCUUUCGUCGCUCCCCUGAAUUAUAUAAAUCGAUUAAUCUUCGACGCGACGAAGCGCCAAAAAAAUGAUGACUCCGUGCCAUUGUAGUUACUCUUUAUGCAUAUUGAAUGCUUUGUCAUCAACUUUGAUUUUUGCAAAUUAAACGCGUGCUCCUUUAAAAUUACCUAUGAUUUGUAAAGAAAAGGUCGAUAAUCAUAAAGUUUUGUAAUGUUCUCACAGUCCAUUGUCAAACGCUGCGUGGAUUAUUUCGAAACACCUAUUUGUCGUGGCAAAUGAGAUACGCGGCAAAGGUAACAAGUUAUUGCGUAUUAUGUUGCACACGCGCUGUAUCAUUAUUUCUAUGUUUUAUGAAAAAAAGUGUAUUAUUGUACGCGUAACGGGAUCGUUAAGAGCGAAAAAAAAAAAAAGUAUAUAUUAUAGUCCCAUUGAAAAAAACGCCAAUCAA